GGCGUCGCCCUGACGCAAAUAUGUCCUAGUAACAUCGUCAGGGGGACAUACGUUUUGCAACUUUAAAUUUCAUUUAUAAAGUGCUAAAAGAGGUAAUUGACAGAAGUAAACAAAAGAGUGUUAAAUUAAACUGAAGUAAAACAGAGUAAACGUCCACAAUGAAGGAGUUGGAAGAUGAGGAGAGGUCCGAAAUAUCCAGGACAGGAUUACCCAUUAAAAUUCCUGAGGUUCUCCACCUGGAAUCACUCCUGGAUCCCUCAAAGCAGUAGGCUGAUCCCUAAAUCGAAUUCUUACUUUAUUAAUACCAUUAAAAUUUAGUGAUCAGAACCACGCCACGACUUCUUGAAGCAAAUUAUUGUUUGGAGUUGCACAUAAUUAGCAAAACUGUACAGAAAUCAUUUCGAAUUAAGAAAAUUUUCAAUGAAGACAGUGAGAAGAAAUGACUUUUUAAACAUUGAAUUCCAAAGAUUACAUGAAGCUACAUGAAGAUUACAAAAUUGCAUUCUUUUGCAUUAGCAUGCAAAAUUGCAUUCUUUUGCAUGGAUCUUCAAUGGGAACGUUUAACAGAUAAAUAAUAAAGAACAAGAAAAAGAAAAUAGCAAACGGAAGAAAGAAUGCAAAUUAUUCUGCUAAAUUUAUUUAUUAUAUUGUGAGAAGGCAAACAUGAUGCGACGAGAAAAUAUGUAUGGCAGUCCUUGGUAUAGAGGAUAUAUGCCACGUUCUUAUAUUGCCCCUCAUAAACUGGCAUCAUUCGGUUGUGCAGUCUAUUUGAUUGCUUUUGGAAUAAUAACUAUUUUUGCUGGAACGAUAGCAACAGUCGUGAGUAACCAUGCUGAUUCGAUGUCUAAACAACACGAUGAAGAUCCCAGAUUUCAAGAUCCCUUUUUCAAAAAGGCAAGAGAAGAACGUAGAAAAGCUGGUUUUGGUGGUUCUGAUAUAACUAAUGUAGUUCGUAUAGUUGGUACAGUUUUUAUUUGUAUCGGUGUAAUAUGCAUUCUUUUCUCUAUCGGCUUAUGCUGUUUUGCAAAGUAUCACGUGGAUAAACGCAGCAAGAUUCAAAAUAAUCCAUCCGCGGCUCCGUUGAAUGAAGGUCAUAUGCAGCAGGGUAGUACUUAUCCUCCUCCACCGCCUGGAUCUUAUCCACAACAGCUACAACCACCACCCGGUUCGUACCCGCAACAGCCACCACCUCCAGCAGGUUCGUAUCCCUCGCAAUAUACUCCAGUUCCUGGCUCGUAUCCACCGCAACCUGUAAUAACAGGCACCUAUCCUCAACAAACCGCUCCUCCUAGUUAUCCGUAUCCUCCUCCAACUCAACAGCCUCCGCCAUCUGAACCAUACGUAAGUGAAAAGACUGCUUUAGCACCUUAUCCUGAAUCGCAAGGAUCUCUUCAGGCUAAUGCACCUCCAAUUGGUUUUAAAGAAGGAUAAAACCGUGCCUUUUGAAUUUAUUCUUUACAGAAUUUUCACAUAUAUACUAGCUAUUUGAAAUAUUGCUGUUGAUGUGAAAUGUAUUGCUAACAAUAUAAAAUAUAUAUUUUUAUUGAAAAUUAAAAAAAAAAGUGUUAUUUAUAUCUGAACUUAAAAAACUGCCCUCGAAAUAUGAUAAUUUUGUACUUAAAAUUACGUUCUUUUCACAAAUUUGAUGCUAUAUUUUGUGAUAAAAUCGAAAAUACAAUUUAAAAGAUGAUAGAUUUUUCAGUAUUAAAUUACAUCUAAAUUUUGAGGAAUUUGAAGCUCAAAUGUUAAUUUUAUAAUAAUCAAUGAAAGAAAUAUUUUACAUAUUUUUCAGUUUUAUAAGCAAAGCCUUCCUUCUUGUUAAAUGAUAUGAAGAUAUACUUUUUAAUAUAUAUAUUUUUUACAUAAAAGUAAAUAUUAUUUACAAACAUUUUCAAGCAUUUUUGCUACUUCAUGAAAUGUAUAUUGUUAAUGCAAACUUAUGCAUAUGUUAAAUUGAAAGCGCAUCAAGAAUUUAAAUAAUAAUAAUAAUAAAACACGCUAAUUGUAUAAAAUUAGACAAUUGAUUUUUAUCUAUAAAUAAAAUUUGUAUAAUCUGUUUGUAUAAAGUGCCACAGAAAAUA